AAGUAGUGCUGAAGUCUGAAUCGCUCGUUUCAUAAAAUUCUUUAUUUCAGACUUUUAUUGUAGCAAAAUUAAAGAUUCAGCAUUUUUAAAUAGCUAAACACAAUUACAAACAUGUCGGAUAUUGAUAUUCUCAACAUCGAUAAUAUCAUAGCAAGACUCUUGGAAGUUCGUGGUUCCAGACCUGGAAAAAAUGUUCAACUCACUGAAUCAGAAAUUCGUGGAUUGUGCUUAAAGUCUCGCGAAAUUUUCCUUUCACAGCCAAUACUCCUCGAAUUGGAGGCUCCACUGAAAAUUUGCGGUGAUAUCCAUGGACAGUAUUACGACUUGUUGAGAUUGUUCGAGUAUGGAGGCUUUCCGCCUGAAUCAAAUUAUUUGUUCCUGGGCGAUUAUGUUGACCGCGGUAAGCAGUCGCUUGAGACUAUUUGUCUACUUCUGGCGUACAAAAUCAAAUAUCCAGAAAACUUUUUCUUGCUUCGCGGUAAUCAUGAAUGUGCAAGUAUAAAUCGAAUUUACGGAUUCUACGACGAGUGCAAACGAAGAUACAACAUCAAAUUGUGGAAAACAUUCACAGAUUGCUUCAAUUGCUUGCCUGUAGCCGCAAUUGUCGAUGAGAAAAUCUUUUGCUGUCAUGGUGGACUCAGUCCCGAUCUUCAAUCAAUGGAACAGAUUCGUCGUAUUAUGCGACCCACAGAUGUGCCCGACCAAGGACUUUUGUGUGAUCUCUUGUGGUCAGACCCAGACAAAGACACAAUGGGGUGGGGAGAGAAUGAUCGAGGUGUUAGCUUCACUUUUGGUGCUGAGAUCGUUGCCAAGUUCUUAGCUAAACAUGACUUUGAUUUGAUUUGUCGAGCUCAUCAAGUUGUUGAAGAUGGCUAUGAAUUCUUUGCAAAACGUCAACUUGUAACAUUAUUUUCAGCGCCAAAUUACUGUGGAGAAUUUGAUAACGCCGGGGCAAUGAUGUCUGUUGAUGAUACGCUGAUGUGCUCCUUCCAGAUCUUGAAGCCGGCCGAUAAACGUAAAUUUCAAUAUAGCAACCUAUCAGGUGGACGACCUGUCACACCUCCACGUGCCGCCAAUAACAAAAACAAGAAGAAAUAAACAAGAGAGCGAAUAACAAGCAGUCUUAUCAGCUUCGUCAGCUCAAUGUUGUUUAAAAAAUUUACUAAUAACUUAAAAUCUUCGCGACACUAAAAGUAAAGAAAAGAAAAAUGAGAAAAACUACUAAACAGGAAAAUUUUUAUAUUUUUCCAACAACAACAUGUUGCGUCAUGAACAACCUCUAAUAAAAAGAAAACAAAAUAAAUUUCUUGAUAACAAAAUUAUAAUGUCGAUGAUCAGACUUUCAGAGUUGUUUGUGAAAAGAAACUGUCAGUCGAAUGAUUGUGAACUCUUUUUUUGUCUGUUCAUUGACACGAUAAUUUUGUUUAGAUUUAAGGAACGAAUUGAAGAAAGUUAAUUAAAAAUGAGAAGAAAAAAGCGCAAACGAAAUAAAUAAAAACAUAUAUUAGGUUUUCAUUUGACUCUAACGAACAUAGGAACAUUUACUGUAAUGUGACAUGCAAUGCGACGACAGGUUGAAAUAUAUAUUUGCAGAAUUAAAUAAAUUUUCAUUUCACAAUAUCAGUCAUAUAAAAUUACAUAAAAUCGCUCGCUCAACUUUCAAGGAUUUGUUGAGAUAUUUGAUUCACGUGUACUCAUAAUAAAGAAAGGUUCAUCAUAUUUUAAGUAAUGAACAACGUUUUAGCCUAUGUGCAUGUGUAAUUUUAAUAUAAAGUAAUUGAAAAUAUCUUUUAUCUUAAAAUAUCCUUGAACAAGUAAAUGUUCCUUACAUUUAAAAUAUAAGAUUAAAUUAUGCUUCACAUUCUUUAUUAUUACUUUUUUUUUAUCUUAGGAGAGUCAAAAAGAAGGCUCUUGAAUAACUUAUGUUCACUUUUAGAAGCAUUCACUAAUCUCCUGAGGUAAUUUCAAGAGGAAAAUUGAGAAAUGUGCGCAGUUCAAUUGGUUAUUGUCCAUUUUAUAAAAAAAGAAUUUGAAAAAAAUAUAAUUCAACAUCCUUGCUGGCUCUUUAUCAUUCAAUUAUCAUUUAAGUUUAAUUUCCGUUUAAGUUAUUACUUAUGUUGGCUUUUCAUAUCAGAUUAUUUAGUUAUCUUUAAUGUAGCAACACAAAUUCACUGCAAUUUCAAUCAUUUUGAUUUCAUUUAAAUAUUUUGCAAAAUGUUUUCUGUUUUCCUUCUCUAUCUCCAUCAUAAUGUUAGAUAAUUUUAAUUAUUUAAUAAUUUAAAGAGACAACAUGAAGAGAAAAAGAAAAGUCUUGCUUUAUUCAAUAUGUUUUUCAUCAAAUGUUCAGAAAGAAUGUGACAGGAAAAAUGUGAACCGUUUAUCGUCUCUAAAAAAGAAAGCUUAAAUUUGUGAAGCAAAAACAUUGUCAAAGGUUGAAAGUUGAAACAUUAAGCGACUUUGCAAGACUUUAAACGGAAGAAAUACAAAUUCACAAGAAAUAAUUAUCAAUAAAACAGAAGUUUAAUUAAUUAAAACAGCUUAAAUGUUUAGAGUAAUGGGGACAUAAAAAAAUAGCAGAUUGUUUCUUUCUUUGGUUUUAAGUAAAUCAAUAAAAGAACAAACAAUUCAACAAAAAAAGAUUAACUCA